AUGCAGCGCGUCCUACGAAUCAACCUGCAAUCGCGCAACCAAGCAUUGAAAGCCGCCCGUCGGAGAAACCGUGACGAGUACCUGAAAGAUUGGAAGGAUUUCGAGUCGCGGCAGAUCAUCACGCAGAAGCAAAAGAAUGAGUAUAUCAAGGCGGAGCGCAAAUCUCGGAGGGAAGAUUGGAUGCUCGGACCGCUCGCGCCGAAGAGGGACGUCGGCACGAAGCAAAACUUCUACGGCACCGUCAGCAACCUGCUGUAUGCGGGCCCGGUAUUCCCGCCCAGGGUGCGACGCGGGCCAAAGGGCAAGGGAUGGGACUUUGUCGGUGGGGAGGGCCGACCCGAGGAGCAGAAAGAGUGGGAGGGGUACGGGAAUGAAGGGAACAUCGUCGAGGGGGAUCGCGUGGUCGUGGUGAAAGGGCCGACCAGCCUGGUCGGGCAGAUUGGGAAGGUCAAGGAGGUGGCCAGCGAUACCAAGGAAGUGAGGAUCGAGGGGUUGAAUAUGGCCGACGUCGAAAUCCCAGAGAACUUCCCCGAUCAGCGGCAGAAAGUGCACUACACGUCGCUCGAGCUCCCCGUGCCCAUUGCCGAUGUGCGACUCGUGCACCGCCUCACCGACGAACGCACGGGGAAAGACCGUGACGUGGUCGUCAAGCUCCUCCGCGGCGGCGCGCCGUAUAUUCAACAACCGCCCAAUUCCCCGCUGCCGCGGCACACGCGGUACAUUGCCGGCGAGGACAUUGAGAUUCCCUGGCCAAAGCUUGAGGUGCCUUCGUACCAGUCCUACGAAGGGGACACGACGCGCUAUGACGUGGAAUCCCAGACAUGGACACCGACGCUCUACGCACCGCCCGUCCCGCCUGCGGCGUUUGAUAAUUUGAUCGAGGACGAAAAGUACAAGCGGGAUAGGCUGUGGCACGACGACGAGUACGUGCGCAUGAAGGUGCUCGAGGACGCACGAGCGGAGUGGUACAUGGAGCGGAAGAUCCAGGGCCCGCUGGACACCUUGGUCGCGGAGAAGAUCCGGCAGGCGAGCCAGAGGACGGAGGCCAUCAAGGCCGCGGGCAUGAGUGAGGAGACCAAGGCGCAUAUCGCAGAGCAGAUGAGCCGUGGUGUGGCCGAGGGCAUACUGCAGGCCCAAGUCAAGUCGGUGCCACGGAGGAAGAAAGUAGAGGCAGCCGCAUGA